UUGCCAUGGCUCUGGCGGACAGCACGCGAGGAUUACCCAACGGGGGCGGCGGCGGGGGCGGCAGCGGCUCCUCAUCGUCGUCCGCCGAGCCGCCGCUCUUCCCCGAUAUCGUGGAGCUGAACGUGGGGGGCCAGGUGUAUGUGACCCGGCGCUGCACGGUGGUGUCGGUGCCGGACUCGCUGCUCUGGCGGAUGUUCACGCAGCAGCAGCCGCAGGAGCUGGCCCGGGACAGCAAAGGCCGCUUCUUUCUGGACCGGGACGGCUUCCUCUUCCGCUACAUCCUGGAUUACCUGCGGGACUUGCAGCUCGUGCUGCCCGACUACUUCCCGGAGCGCAGCCGACUGCAGCGGGAGGCCGAGUACUUCGAGCUGCCCGAGCUCGUGCGCCGCCUCGGGGCGCCCCAGCAGCCCGGCCCGGGGCCGCCACCACCGCACUCGCGGCGCGGGGUGCCCAAGGAGGGCUCACUGGGCGAUGAGCUGCUGGCCCUGGGCUACGCGGAGCCCGAGCAGCAGGAGGGCGCCUCGGCCGGGGCGCCGUCGCCCACGCUGGAGCCGGCCAGCCGCAGCCCGUCCGGGGGCGCGGCGGGCCCGCUGCUCACACCGUCCCAGUCGCUGGACGGCAGCCGGCGCUCGGGCUACAUCACCAUCGGCUACCGCGGCUCCUACACCAUCGGGCGGGACGCGCAGGCAGAUGCCAAGUUCCGGCGGGUGGCGCGCAUCACCGUGUGCGGCAAGACGUCCCUGGCCAAGGAGGUGUUCGGGGACACCCUGAACGAGAGCCGGGACCCUGACCGGCCGCCGGAGCGCUACACCUCGCGUUAUUACCUCAAGUUCAACUUCCUGGAGCAGGCCUUCGACAAGCUGUCUGAGUCUGGCUUCCACAUGGUGGCCUGCAGUUCCACCGGCACUUGCGCCUUUGCCGGCAGCACCGACCAGAGCGAAGACAAGAUCUGGACCAGCUACACCGAGUACGUCUUCUGCAGGGAGUGAGCUCCCGGGACCCCUCGCGGCUCCGGCGCCCGCCCCCACCCCUCGGCGGGGGAGAGGAUCAGAGACCGCUCCCCAUCCCUAACCUUUGCCCUUUGUCUCCCUUUGCCCCGAGGUCCCCAAUCCCCGGUCCUGUCCUGGUUAAGACCGUUCCACCCCCCCACCCCCUCCCCCACCCCCGCUUCAGAAAAAUCCAUCCUCUUUUCUUUUCUUCGGACUCGGCUAACCCAGGGGGCCCAGGCGCGUCCCCGUCCCCACCCCCACCCAAUGCUUCCUCUUUUUGCUGCCUCAAACCUCUCCUCCCCCAGAUUGUACUUCAAUCUGGAUCCAGCGGGCCAGUGUGGUCACAAAGCCGGCACGAACGGGGGGGGAGAACCGAGGUGUUGGGAACCCGUUCAGACUGUGCAGUGCUGCGAAGAUUCCUUGAGAUCUCUAGCCCUUCUGACACCCGUGUGGUGUGAGGGCGCAGAAUGGUGACCCCGCCUGGGGGAGAGAGUUGGUGUCCUAACAGCUCACUGCCAUCGCUGACCCUCUGUGAAGCCGGAUUGAGGGCGUCGCUGAGGCACUUCGGUUGUACACGAGUGAGGUUUUGAAAAGCUGCAGGUGUAGACGUAGGAGCACUGGUGCUCACAUGGUCAAGGGUCCUGUCUUUUCCCUACGGAAUACAGGGUCUUGAAACUUGGAGAGCGUGGAUCCUCCUGCCUGGCGAGGCGCCCUUUCAGCGCCAGGAGCCCUUGGUUCCCUGGGGUGACGUGGGAGCCCUUGGGGGCAAGAGGGAGAAGGGGUGUUGGUCUCCUAAGAAUUAGAACCAAACAGGCCUCCGCUCCGUGGGGAGUGGUUACCUGGAAGUGAUUGUAUUCGCGACCGGGCCAGGAGACGCUCGUGGGCAUUAGCAGAACUGUAUUCUUGCAGUGAAUGGUAAUAGGACCUUUCUUAGAGCUAGGACUUUGCGGGUGGGGUGGGGAGGUAGGAGAAGAGGGUGGGAAGGGAGGGACAGAUAGAUACUCUUAUUAUUUGAAAGUUAGAAGUUUUAAGCAUCCAUUUGAAUACGUGCAUAUUUGAAAAUACCGAAUGGUAAAAUGCAAACACAGCUAAGCAUUUCGUGAAGAUUAGUAAUAGACCUACUCUUAACUGCGGUUUAUUUAACUGUUUUUAGUCCUAAACUUAGAAGUUGCUACUAGGUAUCUAAUCUAACCAAAGAGUUACCCAGUAGGGUUUUAGUUUUUGAACUUUUAAUUUCCUUGUGGUUAUCAAUCUCGAUUUUAGAAUCUAUUUACUUGAGCAAAGGGAGUUUGCUCUUGGCUUCUUAGACUUCAGAUCUCAUUAAAAAUCCUCAUUUUCUUCAAAGCCAGUGACCCUUGACUGCGGGGCAAACCUGAGAAUGCCACAUUCCCCCCACGCAGUUUGUUUGAAGUUCAAGUAGAAUCUUUUCAAGUGACAGAGCUGCUGAGAAGUAGGAGCACCAGGGGCUACCCAUCUGUGUAGAUAGCUGUAAAAUGAGAUUUCUAAAAUGAAGGCAAAUAACUACUUAACAGCGAGCUGAGCAAUAAAAUGGUGUUAGAGGUAAACUGUAACCAACAGAAGGAGACCUGGUUGCCUUAUCCCCUUCUUCCCACGUGGACGCUGUCCCCAGUGCAUACUCUGUGUACACGUGAGUGAAGGGAGACAGAUCCUUGUCAUGCUUUGGGCUGUGAGGUGUUCUUCAGAUACUCUGAGGACAGAGAAGCCCUUUUGUUUGUUACUUUCUCUGAAGUAUCUUUUUAAAGAUUUUGUAAGAAGUCCUUCUCAGUGUUUAGUGCUAUUUUUCUUUUCUUUUUUUUUUGUGAGUCUUGUACUGUAUCUUACUGUGUUCAUAAUGGAUGUUAAGAAUGGGAACAGUUUUGUUCUUAGACUCAUCUGUCCCAACUUGUGUAUACCAUACCUGAACAUUUAGUUUUUUGAUUCAUUUACUGAUGUUAUCAAAUGCCUAUGCCCAGUUCCUUGCAUCAGAUGAUGUAUAUUCUAAAGAAACAUGUUUUGAUGCAUUUCCUUAUGUCCUUGUUUAUGAGUGAUUGAGUUAGGAAAAAAAUACAUAAUUGCAAAACUGAGUUUACUCCAUGCUAUUUUUCUUUUUUUUUUUUUUUUUUGGCUGGAGGGGAUAUUAGUUGUAAACUGAUUCAGUGUUGAUUAGAUUCCUAUUUAAAAGCAAGGUACCUGUAUUUUUAGUCCACUAGUUUUUCUUUUUUUUUUUUUGAAUUGAGAAAGAUUUGAGAUCUUUUAUUAGAGUUCCAUUUUUAGAAAAGUUGUUUUCCAUAUGAAGACUGUACUUGAGAGGGAAAUGGAAGCAGAAAUCCAGGAAAUGGUGUUUGAUCAUGUGGUGAGUUUAGUCUCAGACUCAGUAAUGCAUGAGAACUAACCCUGUUUCAAGUCUCAAAUGAUUGAGAAUUGCCACCCACUUGGCCAGAGGUGAGUGUCACAGAGAUUUCUCUAACAUGUAUGGCAUCCUGUUAGAUUGCUCAACAAAAAAACAAAUGAUCGUGAACGUUUUAGGACAGACUGAAUCCACUGAAUCCAGAUGGCACCACUCACUGAUUCUAAUUUCUCUCAUCAAAUUUGCACAAGUCUAGGAGUCAGAAGCUACUAACGUUUUAUCUCUGCCACCCUGGUCUUCAGAAUUCAUCUUCUAAAACUUUGAGUUAAACUACUGCACUUUCUUGUAUGUAGGCAUCUUAAGCCUCAACCCACCACAUCCUUACUGUCCUGCACCCUUACAUUGCUUAGAAGAUUGAGAACUUCAUGAUUAUAUACAGUCAACUUACCCCGUUUUCUGUGGGUGACUGUUCGCUCUGAAGUUGAAGUCAGUAAAUGAAAACUAUCUACUAUUUGCCCAAAGCAGAGCCGGGGUGGGAAACUCAUUUCACAUUGCACAGGUAGUACAACUGAGGCAAAAUGACGCUCUCUGUGAGCUCUGAUCUAUGGAAGCAGAUCUCCAAGGUGGGCUGGAGUGUUGGUCAUUACCUGGGAGCUUGAACCAGGGUGGUGAGGGUCCACAUUUUAAAUAAUGUGGGAUAUUGUCAUCAGGUUUUCUAAAUAAUUGUAACAGCAUUAGUCUGACUCAGAGGUAGGCAUUUACGGAUGUUCCUCUAGUUACCUUUUAAUGUUUAGAAAUACAACUGGAUGACAUUAGACUUUUAGUAAAAACUUUAAUUUUUCAAAAAAGAGUUGUUGAUUGUGCUGGUUAAAAAAACAGGUACCAUGUUGGACACACUGUGUUUUUUAGUAUAUGUAGACUCUGAGCCCUAUUCUGAUUUUUCAAAUAAUACAUUGUGGAAAAUAUUGCUCAAAGAUGUGAGUCUUACAUUUUUACUCCUUCUAAAACUGUUUGGUGAUUCUCAUAUGUUUAUUGGAUUGAGAGCUAGUAACACUAGCUAAAUUACGUUCUCUUUAAAACUAGACAUAUACAUAUACACACACAUAUAUGUACAUAUAGCCUUCUGCUUCUCUGAGAAAAUGCAUAAUGUGCAAAUACUCAGACAAAAUGGGCAACUGGCAGUGCUCAUAAAAUAUUCCAGUUUUUAUUGGAAUUUUCCAUGGAAUGUUACUACAUUAAAGCCAUGUAAGGUGAAGCUUUGAUAAUUUUUUACUCUUCAAAUUACAGUAAGUUCCAAUCUAAUAUUCAUUUUUAUACUCCAGUGUGAAAAAUGCUAAAUUACAAUGCAGACAUUUAGAGAAGUAUUGACUGGAGGGCGUUGAAUUCCUUAAGAUUUUUUUUAUAAUCUAAAUUACAAGUACUCUGUUGGCUUAAGCUUUUAAAAUAGUAAAUGGAGUAUUUUUAUUGUAACUUAACAGAAUCAACACCUUAUUUGGACUUCUUCCCUGUUUUUUUUUUUUUAACUUAGUGUAUAUAUCACUUAAAAACUAGAUUACUUUUAUUAGAUGUCCUAAGCCUGUCUCUUGAGAAAGAAGUAAAAUACUCUUAUUUACAGUACCUAUACUACAUGUAAAAGGUUUUCUUACAGUCAGGGAAAAGUUAUGUUGAAGCUAACUUUUCUUUUGUCAUAGUUUUGGACAAUAAAAAUCUGAAAGUGUUAACAUUUGAGGAUUUAGAUUCUCUACUGGGACCCUUGAAACUUAGUAGAAAUUGAACCAGAAUAUUUACCUUAGAAUAUAAUCUUGUGUGAUAGGCAGAUUGAAUAGUUGACCAAGAAUUGUCACUUACAUGUUUUGUGAUUUUUUUUUUUAAGCCAGCUUUUAAAUUCUAAGUGUGUUUUGAAGUAUGUGGACAUUAAUUGUAUUGCAAACUAUUAUACAACUGUCUUUGUGACUUUAUAGAUAGGUAAAUUUGCUACUAUUGAAUAUAAAUGAUGACCAUUGAUGAUCACUUAUGGCCACUAUUAGUAACCGUUUAAUGACAAAGGUUUAAAACAUUCAAGGUGGAUAUUAAUUUUGAAGAUGGAAAUUAUAUGUUGCUUAAAGUUUUCCAAGCAUUUAGAUAAGGUGAGUCCUACAGAGCUGUCUAGGAUUCUGAAGUUGUUGAAAAGUGUUUAUUGGGCCAUUUUCUUAAAUAUAUAAGAAAAAAAUUGUUCUGUGCUUUCAGACUUUUCUAACAAAACAGAAAGCCAAAAAAAAAAAAAAAAACCAACAAAAACCCACACACCUCUCUAUUUUCAAAAAAGAUGCUAAUGAAGUUAUUUGAGACUUUCUUCAAUCAUUAAGUGCUGUAGCGAUUUUUGUUCUUCCUGUUCACAAACAGUUGUAUAACAGAAAUACUCGAUACUGUUUUCUUCCCUGUGUGUGAAGUAAUGAAUCAUUGAUUAUGUGACAUGUUAUGUAUUAAACACUAAAGAAUAAAACAUUCACUCCUUUAA